CCCUUUUAAAUUUCUCUGUAAAUUUGUUUCUCUCUCUAUCUCCAUAUCUUGCUUUGAAAUUUUAGAGAGAGACAGGACUCAUUCCCCUGGAUUUGACCUUAUGGAUUUCCUUUUUGCCAGACACGGUAAUGACGAAGGCUUUCUUGUCUCCUUCCUUGCUCUUUCCUCUGACUUCUCUCCCCUCUUCACCAAUGGCUUCUUCCUCCCCGAAAAAGAAGAAACAACAAAUACUAAAAUGCUCGUUCUAUAUCUCUCCUCUCUCUUCAUCUUCUUAAACACCUUCCGUUUCACUCUCUGAAAUCAUGGCAAGAAUUGGAGAAGUGGGGUAGUUUCCAUGUGACGAGGCAACCCCUGGGAAACUUCUUCCUCGGUUACUUUCUCUCUCUAUAAAAUUUGCAGGCGUCUUUUAAGAGAGAGAAAUGGAGCAACCAGAGAUUCAAGGGUUUGUGAUAAUCUCUUUGCCUCCUCCCGACGACCCAUCGAAGGGCAAAACCAUCACUGCUUUCACCAUGGUUUCAGACCCAAGUCAUCAAAACGAGAACCAGAGCCAAAACCAACAAACCCAACAACCCCAAAUUGCGUCGAAUUCAAUUGCGGGUUCGUCUAGAGGGAGAAUUGGAUCGAUAGUUGUGAGAGUUUUGGCCAUGUUGGGUGCCGUUGUUGCAGUCUUAUUUUUUUGGCAAUGGGUUUCUGGUUUCUCUGAGAUGGAUUAUGAGACAGAGAGAUCGAAGAAUAAUCCUUCGUUUCUGUAUAAUUUAUACCCGAAGUGGAGCGAAGAGGCGAUAGAGAAAGAUGCAGCUUUGAGAUUGGGCACUUUUGUGAAGAGAGACGAGGUUAGGAUUGGAUUAAGGGACGUAAAAACAUUGGAAGCGAUCUCUUCUAUCAAUUCUUCAACCAUUUUCCCUGUAAAAGGGAAUGUUUAUCCAGAUGGGCUUUAUUAUAUCUCCAUACUUGUCGGGAACCCUCGGAGGCCUUAUUAUCUUGACAUGGAUACUGGGAGUGACUUAACUUGGAUUCAAUGUAAUGCUCCAUGCACUAAUUGUGCCAAGGGGCCCCAUCCUCUUUACAAUCCUAGCAAACAAAAUUUAGUACCUUCCAAGGACCCAUUUUGUUUGGAGGUACAAGUUAAUGACAAGGGAAAAUUCGCUGGAGCUUCCCACCAAUGUGACUAUGACAUAGAAUAUGCAGAUCAGAGCUCUUCGAUGGGUGUUCUUGUGAGAGAUGAUUUGCAGCUAAUGAUCACAAAUGGAACUGUGAUUAAAACUGGCUUGGUUUUUGGAUGUGCAUAUGAUCAACGAGGCAAGCUAGGACAUUCUCCUGCAAAAACAGAUGGGAUCCUUGGACUUAGUAGUGCUAAGGUUAGCCUUCCUUCUCAAUUGGCAAGUCGAGGACUAAUGAAGAAUGUGGUAGGCCACUGCAUUAGAAAUGAUGCAAAUGGUGGUGGUUAUAUGUUCUUAGGGGAUGAUUUCAUACCUCAGUGGCGUAUGACUUGGGUUCCCAUGCUUAGUAGCCCUUCCACAAAUGCCUAUCAUGCAGAAGUUUCUAAAAUUAGUCUUGGAAGUAGACCAAUUGAUGGAGGUGGCCUAAUUACCAAGAUUGGACGAGUAGUGUUUGAUAGCGGAAGCUCUUAUUCGUACCUCACUAAACAAGCCUACACAAGCUUAAUAAAAUCUCUGAAGGAUGUUGCUGAGAAGGGACUAGUUUUGGAUGAUUCAGACAAAACAUUACCAGUUUGUUGGAAAGCUAAAUCUCCCCUCAGGUCCAUUAAGGAUGUGAAUCAGUUCUUCAAACCCCUGGUCCUUAAUUUUGGUAGCCGCUUGUUGUUUGGAUCGAAGAAUUUUGAAAUUCCUCCCGAAGGUUAUUUGAUCAUCAGUGCCAAAGGCAAUGCUUGCUUGGGUAUCCUUGAGGGAAGUCACAUUCAUGAUGGUGCAACUAAUAUACUUGGAGAUAUAUCCUUGCGGGCCAAGCUAGUAGUCUAUGACAAUGUGAAGAGAAGAAUUGGAUGGGUUCAAUCAGAUUGCCAGCCUCUAAAACUUAAGAGCUUCCCCUUCUUUUGAGUUAUCACCAUAUCUAUUUGUAAAUGCUACAUGGCAAUGGCAUCAUAUCCUUUAUGUACCCAAUUGUUAUAAAUUUCAAGGGUGAAGUUUGUACAAGGUGCCCUAGCGCAAGUCUAAAUUUUGUUUAGUGCAGUCUCAGUUUUGGAAGACUUAAAUUCUGUCUCGUACUACUGUGUUACAAAACUAGAGUUAAAUACAUAUAUGGUGACCAAACGAAA